CCCUGUGCGAAAAACCUCCUCAGAUAAAAGGCCUAUUCAAAAAGUUACGACUCACGAGCACAGUAUCUCAUUUCCUCUUCAAUUGGCCAGUGCACAUCAAUAUGGCAACAACGCAGCAGCGAAUUGUCCCUCGCUACGCCCACACCGCCGGACGAACGUCGCUGGCAUACUCCUGGGAUGGUAAAUACCUAAUCACUGUCGGGUCCAAUGAAGUCAUCCGGAAGUUCACCGUAGGGUCGGAGGAUGAACCCGUCACUAUUGACGAUGCGCUGGGGAGGAAUGUGGCUGUUGCGGCUUCAAAUGAAAGUUUCAUUACUUGUUCAGAAAGCGGAACUAUCUCUCUAUUCUCUAUGGCUACAGAUACACUCAAACAACUCCUCGUGCGAUGCACGCUCUCGUCGAGAGAUAUUGCGCUUAGUCCGGAUGGUGACUGGGUCGCCGUCGCGAGUGACGAGACGAUUGUUAAGGUGGUUAACGUCGAGGACAACCACAAGAUUAUGAACCUGCGGUCUCAAUCACAGUCUGUCAAACAUGUAGCGUUCCAUCCGACCGGGAAUUAUCUCGCCGUUUCGUGUGUUGACGGAGUGAUAUAUAUCUACUCGCUGAGCACCGAGGAACCGGAGCUGGUGAAGAAGGUGGACGGGAUUAUCAAGGCUGUGGAUGCGGAGUCGGAGAUCUGCUCGAAGGUUUCGUGGCAUCCGGAUGGGAGGGCUUUCGCGGCUCAGACUCCUACCAGAGAUAUUAUUGUUGUCGACCGGGCAAAAUGGGAGACCCACAAGGCUUUUGCUAGUGGUCAUGCCGGGGAUAUAACGGACUUUGCCUGGUCUCCCAAUGGCGCAUUCCUUGCCAGCGCUGGGACUGAUGGGAAGCUUGUUAUCUGGGAAACGGAAGAACAGACUAUAAUCGCAAAAUACGAUUACCGACACAUUGUCUCGCUUGCCUGGCACCCAAAGCAUAACUCGAUCUCCUUCACAACCAGCAGAGGGGAACUAUAUACACUACCCAACGCUGUUCCAGAUGAUCGUGCUUUCCGAUUGAAACUUACCACCCGUCUGGCACCAUUGCUAAAUGAUAGUGGUCCAUCAACAGUUUUAGAGAACAGGAGCAUGCCACCGCCACCUCGUAAGCGGGCUAGCUCAGUAGACUCUUUAGAUGAUAUACUCGGGGGUGGAAUAGACGACGACCUUGACGACUUUAUAAUCGACGACGAUGGGGCCGGCUACUUAGAACCCAAAAAGAACCGAAAACGCGGUAACGAACACCUAGAUCCAAUUGUGCACGGCCCCAAACGGCCAGCAUACGGCAUGGCGAUGUGGUCCCCGGAGAUCCACGAGCCCUUCCAACCGGGGAGUACGCCCUGGAAAGGAAAACGUAGGUACCUCUGCCUAAACCUUAUCGGCUUCGUCUGGACUGUAGACCAAGAUACGCACCACACCGUCACCGUCGAGUUCUACGACCGGGACUCCUACCGCGACUUCCACCUCGCGGAUCCAUACUUGUACGACAAGGCUUGUUUAAACGAGAGCGGCACACUCUUCUCCUGUCAACCCAAGGACGAGAAUCCCGCCGCCAUCUUCUACCGUCCGCACGAGACGUGGGCUACCCGCGUCGACUGGCGCACAUCCCUGCCCAGGGGCGAGGAGAUCGUGUCUAUUGCGCUGAGCCAAUCGUACAUUGUCGUGUGCACCUCCCGGGGAUACGUCAGGGUCUUCACGCUCUUUGGCGUGCCAUUCAGGGUCUACAGGCAGAAACACACGCCGUUCGUUGCAUGUGCUAGUUGGAGGGAUUACAUCUUUGUCAUGGGGAAUGGGGCCGUCGGGGCGGAUGGGAAGACACAGUUGACGUACUCGAUCGAGAACGUCAAGAGGGAUGAGACCUUGCAGUGUUCGGAUGUCGUGGCCCUACCGCCGGACGGGGAAGCGAAGAAUGUUUUUUUUUCUAGCGAUGGGGAUCCGGUGAUAUAUGAUUCUGAGGGUGUAUUACUGGUGCUGGCUCGCUGGAGGCGGCGGGGGGAAGCUAAAUGGAUACCUCUAUUGGACACAAAGGCGCUAGACCGUCUAGUGGGUGGUAGAAAAGAGGAAACAUAUUGGCCAGUAGCCGUCGCACAGAAUAAAUUCCAUUGCAUCAUUCUCAAGGGCGGUGAAAAACACCCCUACUUCCCACGCCCUCUCCUCAGCGAAUUCGACUUCAAAAUUCCCCUCUCAACAAACUCCAUUGCCGACUCCACUACCACCACCGAAGGUGGCGCCACCCCUGCCCCAAAUACAGACGUCCUAGAAGAAACCUAUGUCCGCGAAUCCAUCCUACUGGACCUGCGAGAGGAACUUGGGGUGUACACAACCACGGACGAGCAGGGUGCGAUGGAGAUGACGAAAUGCGUGAACGCGAUCGACAAGGCGCUGCUGCAACUCCUGGGACUGGAGUGCCAGAGCGAGGAUUACGGGCCCAAGGCGCUGGAGAUUUGUGGGUUGUUUAGGCGGAAGAGGACGCUAGAGCUUGCUAUUAAGGUUGCCGUCAGGUUUAAUCAGGGGGUUCUGGCGGAGAAGAUUGGGGAGUUGAGGGACCGGAUGGAGAUUGAGGAGCGAUAG